AUGAAUACCGCGAAGGUUAUUUUUUUAAAAAUUUUUUGAAUGCGGAUUGGGCGAAGUUUAAAAAUUUAAUAACGUCGUUUUCUAAAUUGUUCAGAACCAUUUUAUAACGGACAUUUUCCGAUAUUCCGGUAAAUUGCUAAAAAAAAAAUCUGCAACUCCAAUAAUAAUAGAAAAACCUAAUAUAUCUCCGAGCAAAAUAGCAAUUCACAUCAAAUCACGAGCGGAUAAUGUCCCUUUAGACCCCCAACUGAAAGCCAAAAUCAAACAGAAGCUGUUAAACGUAGGUGAUAAUAUAAAUGUUGAGCACAAUCUAUCUUUUCCUUUCACAGCAAACAGCUAAAAUUAAGGAAAGCUGCUGGUAUGGACGGGAUAUUCCCAUAAUUCAUAAAAUAUACAGGACCUUCGGCUAGAAACUGGCUUAGACAAUUCUUCUCUAACAUCUUAGACUCGGGUCAAGUUACUCACCAAUUCUAGACUCAAGUCUAGAAAGUCUAUACGGGACAAUAUACCUGAAUCUUUCGACCUGGAGAAAGAAUGGAACAAGGAAUGGUCGACAGAACCACUAUCAAUAACAUAUCCAAGCCAAUCAGAAAUGACUAUGUUCUUACGCCGGAAAACACGGAACCGCCUUGACAGGAUUAGAACCGGACAUGCCCGAACUAAAGAAAUGCGUUUCAAAUGGGGAAUUACAGACAACACUCAACGUGACUGUCGAAACCCAGUACAAAAUGUCAAACAUGUCAACUAG